AUGACUAUCCCUGGAAGAUUUAUGACUAAUGAUAAGGGCACCUUUGGUGAAUACACUGCUAGUGCCCGUUGGCCCAUUAUCACUCAGAAUGCUAUAGACGAUUUAAGUGAGCAACAAGAAGCAGAGAAGAGUAACGAAACUAAAUUUGAACAAGGUGAAGUUAUCAAGAAGGAGUUGAAGAAAUUCCGCCAGGAGAUAAUUGAUCGUGUACCUUUGAGACCAUUCACUGAAGAGGAGAUCAAAAUUGCCAACGUUCCGCUUUCGUUCAAUGAAUACCUAAAGGAACACCCUGAAGUAAAUUGGGGCGCAGUAGAGUGGCUAUUCUCCGAGGUUUACUUGUACAGAAGAGUAAACGUUCUUUUCCAACGUCAAUCCGAAUGGUCUAAAUUCGAUAUAUUCAACAAACUGAAGCAAUCAACUUUUGAGUCCUCAUUUCAUGGUGUCGUAGAAUUGGCCCUAAGGUAUGAAAACCUAUUACCACAGCUGAAAGAAAUGGAGCAAGAUUCUGGAAGUAAUGGCGACGAUAUAUUGAAGGUUCUUUUCAAAGAGUUUAUUGAGAUUUCUUUGUGGGGCAAUGCCACUGAUUUAUCUUUAUUGACCAAUGCCACUUUAGAAGAAAUUAAAUCUAUCCAAGGUGCCAAGGCAAGAGCUGAAUCCGAGUCCAAGAUUGUUAUUAAUGACACAGAGAAGGCGUGGGAGGUAUUGAUUAAGGCCAAAGCCGAGGCUAAUAGCAGACAAAUUCGUGUCGAUUUUGUUUUAGACAAUUCUGGUUUUGAAUUGUAUGCUGAUUUAAUGUUAGCAGCUUUUCUGUUACAGAGUGGCUUGGCCACCAAAUGUAUUUUUCAUGCCAAAGACAUCCCAUACAUGGUUAGUGAUGUCAUGUUGAAGGAUUUCGGCAUUUUAGUUCAAGACCUAAGAGAUCGUAAAUUCUUCCCCAGCGGCGAGGCUGCGACAAAGGAAUCCAAGGCUCUUGAUUUAUUCGCUGCUGAAAUGGACAAGUUUGUAUCUAGCGGUAAAAUAGAAUUUCGUGAAGAUUCUUUCUGGACCACAGAAUUGGAUUAUUGGAAUUUGGAUACAAAGGAAGUCAAAUACCACGGAUCCAUUUUACACAAAGAUUUACAAAAUUCCAAUUUGGUUAUUUUCAAAGGUGACUUAAACUAUAGAAAAUUAACUGGAGACAGGAAAUGGCCCCGUACCACUAGGUGGGAAACGGCUAUCGGACCUCUAGCCACUAACGGUAUUACAUCAUUGAGUCUGAGAACCUGUAAAGCGGAUGUACAAGUUGGUUUACCUGAAGGUCUUGAUGCGAAAUUGAGUCAAGAAUGGGAAAAGGAAAAUCCUGGCCGUGGUUCUUGGUGGUGUUGUAGCGGUAAGUGGGCAGUCAUUUGUUUCUGCUCAGGUGUAUUAAAGAAGAAAUGA